GGCGUGUAGCCAUGGAGUAGAACAUGAGUUCGUUGGUACCCAUUUGUAAAGGUUCAAUUGAACCUUUCUGUCAGCAUAUGCUGUUUCUCUACCCACCGUAGCUUCCUUCAAUCAAUCCUUUCCCAUUUCCUCGAUCUGUUCCAUAACCUGAAUUAGGGUUUGUAUUCCAGUUAAAUCACUAUAUCUCACUGCUUGUGAAUUUCUUCCACAAUCAAUGGCUUGUUGUUCAAUUCAAUCCAUGGUUCCUUCAAUUUCUGGUCUCUCUUCUUCAUCUUUCUCUUAUUCUUCUGUAAUUGUGUUGCGUGUCAACUGUGCAAAGUUCUCAAAUAUAAAUCUCAAGAAAAUUGGUAAGAAAUUUGAAGUUUGCAGAGCAAUGGUGCAGCAGAGUACGGUACAGGGAGCUUCUGCUGCUUAUGCUAAGGAAAUGGAGAGACUCUCUGCCAAAGAAUCGUUACUUCUCGCUUUCAAAGAUGCUGGAGGAUUUGAGGCACUACUUGCUGGAAGGACUUCAGCUAUGCAAAAAAUUGACGUGAAUGAAAGAAUAGUUGGUCUUGAACGGCUUAAUCCAACACCUCGUCCAACGACGUCUCCAUUUCUGGAAGGGCGAUGGAACUUUGAGUGGAUUGGAUAUGGAAGCCCUGGAUUAUUUGUGGCCAGAUUAUUAUCCGAGAGAUUUCCUGCAACCUUAGCGAAUUUGUAUAAGAUGGAUUUGGUGAUUAAGGACGGAUAUGCGAAGAUUACUGCGAACAUGAAAUUUCUGAAUGCGAUUGAAAACAAGUUCAUAUUAAGUACAAAGUUAACAGUGGAAGGUCCACUUAGAAUAAAGGAAGAAUAUACAGAAGGAGUGCUUGAAACUCCAACAGUUGAUGAAGGAACAAUCCCACAACAACUAAGAGACGCGUUUGGCCAAGCAGUUAACACCGUGCAACAACUUCCAGCUCCAAUUAAGGAUGCUGUCUCCAGUGGAUUGAAAAUUCCCCUCAAUGGGGCUUUUGAGAGGAUGUUUAUGAUUUCCUACCUUGAUGAAGAGAUCCUAAUAAUAAGAGACACAACCGGGGUCCCAGAAGUUCUUACAAGAUUGGAUUCAGCUCAGUCUCCCAUCGAGCCCAUUGAAGAGUACGAGAGUUGACCAAGUCAAAACAAACAUGUAAGGAUUUAUUUCUCAAACUGAAAAAAAUAUGAUAAAAUCAUCCUAAGCACAAUCCUUUUCCACAUCUUGGUUUACUUCUGUUAUAUUGAAGUAUUGGGUCAUGCAUGAAAUUCAUUGACUUUUCACUCUUACCAAAUGCAGAAGUCAAAUUGAGUUGAAAUUUGUGUUUAAUUAUGGUUUAUGUUAACCGUGUUUAAACGUCUACAAUACGAUGUUAAUUGAUUCGUUAACUGCUAACGAUUUGAGUGAUGAAGUAAGUGCAUAUGAAACA